AUCUCGGCGACCGUUGACAGACAGAACGGAACUUUUAGAAAUUUUGUUUAUCCAAUAAUUUUAAUUGAAUUUUGUGCCUUUCCCAGGAAAAUUAAGUAUAUUUCGAAUAAUUGUGGAGAUCGGAAGGUAUUUUACGUUGCUACCUGAAAAAUGCCCUACUGAGCAAUGGAUAAAGUGCGGAUAAAAAUGCUUAUCAACGACAUCGAAAACAAGGACGAACUGUUUAACGUCAUUGUCGGUGAAUUGCGUUGCCAUGGAAUCAAAUAUCGCAAGGAAAAGCGAGCCAAAUCCGGACAGGAUAAAGUACGCUGUAAACGAAUUUUCAAUAUGCCCUUGCACACACUGGAGCUGACGGAUGUGAUCCUGGCCAACGGAGGUAUCGCCCAGGUACCGCUUUUCGUUUCGGAUGCAUGCCAGCGCAUUCUAGAACAGGUGAAUACCGAAGGUUUAUUUCGGAAGGCCGGUUCGUCGAAACGACAGCAGGAAAUUAAGGCUAGUAUAGAAUCUGGACAACCGCUGGGAAGAUCUCACCAUGUCAUCGAUGUUGCUAAUAUACUGAAAACGUUCUUUCGCGACCUUCCGGAAGCUUUAUUGCCACCGGGCAAUAUCCAGGAAGCACUAAUUAGAUGCUUAUUAUCGGGAGAGCACAAAAUAUAUGAUCUCCUGAUUACCUGUUUGCUACUUCCACCCAUCACCUUGAACACGCUUGCCUUCUUCAUGCAAUUCCUACAUACAGUUUCGUUGCACGCUACUGGAAACAAAAUGACAAUCGAGAAUUUGGCCAUCAUCCUGGCGCCGAAUUUGAUGCCCAUAGUUGAAAUGGUGCAGCAACGGUUGAACAGCCACGUCAAGGUAAUCCAACUACUGAUCGAAAACUCGCACCAAAUUGGCGUCAUACCGGAGACAAUCCUGGAAAGGCUCAACGAAUCGAUUAGCCUCAUUCGUCAAACUACGGCGGAUUCUACUGCCAACACCACGGAUAAAAAGAAGAAGAAACGACGCAGUGGAUCAUUAACGAGAAUGUUCCACGGGUUGAAGAAGAUUGUUGGUGCCAUAGGAUCGUCUGAAAGCUUGGAUAAGACUGAUGAAUUCAUAGAGAAAGACAGCAGCCUAGCGGCGGUAGCCACCCCGUGCCUGAACAAAUCAUCGAAAAAGCGGAAAGUGACAGACGGAAUGCCAUUCAGCGCUAAGAAAAAGAAAGACAUAGUUUUAUCUCUACCAGAUAACCAGGAGAUCCUACCUUACACUCCACUGGCUUUGAUGAAAGAGACAAAGAAAUCCCGCCUCAGCCUCGGCGGCAAUAAAAACAAAUCGAGCAAAAAUGGUUCACGAUUGGUGCCAAGUACUUCGGUUUCUUCAAUCGUGGACACCAAGCCCAUGGAGCGUCGUUGGAGUGUCGUUGGAGCACCAUGGGCCCGUAAAAAGAAACGUUCUUCAAAAUCCACAUCGGAAUCUGGCAGCAAAACCGAAGAAGAAGACGAAGUCGAAGAGGAAAAGGGUUUAGCGGGCCUGUCACCAGUGAUUUCGUUGCCGAAUCUGACCACGCCGGAAAUGGAACAAGAACGGGAAUUAUUCGAAUCGCAAAUUAUGAAAAUGCCUAAGAUAAAGGGAAAAGCAUUGUUCAAUGACGAUGAAGAUGAUGAUGAGGAAUUUAACGAUAAUAAUAAGCAUGAUGGUGGCGAAGAGUAUCUGCGUAUACCUAAAAGCGAAUAUGAAGCUAUCAAGGAACGUGUUACAGCGAUUGAAACUCGAAUUUCACAAGAGUUUGGUAGCUUCAUAGGGGAAGCGGCUGAUGACAGAAGGCAAGUGAUAAACACCGUAGAACGAGUAGAGGAUAAGUACCAACAAACGCUAGAACAUACGGAACCCAUUGAAGCCAGUUGUUCCAGUACAGAUCAGCUGGCAAAACGGCUAAGCCGUGAGCUGAAGAUUCGUCGUAGCGAGGAGCAUAAAGUAAUGCGAUCCCCUAGCGCUCGUAAAAUUGGGACUAUGAGAAGACGUUCGAAAGAAAACCUUAGGCUAUCUCGCAAUCAGUCGUGGCAUAUUGGAUCAAGCAGUACUUCCGCCAAGUCCAUUCCACCAUUGACGUCCGAUCUAUCAUUCUAUCCGAAGACAAAUCUCAAAAGAGGACGUCCAAAUACCGUUCAAACAGGGCUGAAACAUCCCGAGUUAAGCCCGGCGAAACGAGAAGAAAAUGUUUCCUUCACACCCGGACAGAACAUUACAGACGAAGAGAAGCAGGAAGAAAAAUGGACGUGUGCCAAACAAUUUUUUGGGGAUGAAGAAUGCCAACAAAAAAUUCCAACGGAUUCAACCCCAGCGAAAUCGUCCGAAGAGUGCUUCAAAACUCCCGAAGUGACGACUGUUAUCCCUCGACGGGCUUCCAUACGAUCCAGCGAUAGUUCUAAGAAAACAACGCCUCAUUUCGUUACUCGAAUUAAUAUCGGCGAGGUUAAGACUCCAAUGCUUCCCCCGGAGCUGCCUCCGCGUAAAACUCCGGCUAAAACGCCAAUGCUUCCCCCUAAGACCCCCGGUCGAUUGGAUACAACACUGCUGAAGACGCACCUAACGCCACUACAAGAACUACAAUCUGGUCGCGCCUCAAUCGCUCGUUUGCGUAGUCAGAACGCUGGGAUGGUUAUGGCCAAGGCCAAACUGUUCGAUGGCAUGGUUACGAGUACAAAUCAAUCUUCGCAGUCUCACGCCAACCGUCGUCAGAGCAGUAAGUUUGUUGUAAAGCAGAAUCCUGAUGGAACCCGAAGCCUAAAUCCACUGAUGCAAGUUCCAGAAAAAAUUCAACUCCGACAGGUUCAAAAAGUACGAAGCGUAUCAUCAGCCCACAAUAUAAAAAGUCCACGCCGUUCAACGCCGCGAAAACGUGGCUUGACUAAGUCACCACACGGUGGCGGCAUUAACAGGCGUGAGAAACUCAGACUUGCUGGCAAAUCUCCAGGAUCGAAGGCUUUCAAUUCUCCUCGGAUCAUCCGGAAGCUACAAAACGAUACCAGAAAUUAUGCGCCAGUAAAUGGUUCCAACGCGGAUCUCAGUGUAUACUUUUCGCCGAAUCUCUACGAUCUAGACAACAAAACGCCACACGGUAAAAAGAACGUAACGCUGAACUCUCCCCGAAGGCUUAUCAACACUACUCCGCAAGGUCGGGAAAAUCGUUCGGUGAAUCCUUCCGGUGGACGGCAGCAAACACCCAUGAGGGCCACGCCCCUUUCAAAGUUAGCGGUGGCUACUUCAUCAGUGUCCAAAUCACCUUCUGUGAACGGUAUUCCCCCACCACGGCGGGAAUCUCCACGGCUUCUGGCCAAUAGUGGCACUUCUAGCCGCAGACUGGUCACGGGAAUGAGCGUUGGGCGAUCUUGAAGAUGUAAGUAUGUAAUGCGGAUACAUUAUGAAUUUAGUGUUCUUUUAUCUUUAAUUUUUACGGCAACGAUUGCGAUUUUUCGAGAGUAUUUUACAUUAGAAAAGCACGUUUAAGACGGGCGAGAAAAUGGCAAAUCUCCGCAGGGUUGAUUGCCACAUGUUCAGACUGCCAUUCUGUAAUAAACAUCAGCUUGUAAUAGA